CGAUACUUUGGUGUGAGCCUCAUUAGAAGCCCUGGGCCCAAACGGAACGGAGCUGACUAAAAAAUGCUGAAACUAUUUGCUGCGGUUCUGCUGCUGAGCGGCGUAGCCUUGGCGGCCAACGAUUACGAUGGUUACAAGAUCUACGACAUCCAUGCUCGCAAUGCCUUCGAGAAGCAGCUGCUGCUGCGUUUGUCCGGCAACGAGGAGUACGACUUCUUCGACCUGCCCCGCUCCCUGGACGCGCCGAGUCGCGUGAUGGUGAAGCCCGGCGACCAGGAGGGAUUCGAGCAUCUGCUGGAGAAGUACAACGUGGACUUCUCGGUGGUCAGUGAGGAUUUCGGAGUGGCGCUGCGUCAGGAGCGCGAGGAUAACCAGAACCAGCGGUCGAUGAAUCUGCGCUCCGCCGGACGCAGCGUUAGCUUCACUGCCUUCCAUCGCCAUGCCGAGAUCAAUGCCUACCUGGACGAACUGGCCGCCGCCUAUCCCAGUCGUGUUUCCGUCAAGGUUGCUGGAAAGUCAUACGAAAACCGUGACAUCAAGACAAUCACCAUCUCGAAUGGCGAUGGCAAGACCGGCAAGAAUGUGAUCUUCCUCGAUGCUGGCAUCCAUGCCCGCGAAUGGAUCGCCCAUGCUGGAGCUCUGUACGUGAUCCACCAGCUGGUGGAGAACUUUGCCGUCAACUCGGAACUGCUGAAGAACUUCGACUGGGUCAUCCUGCCGGUGGUCAAUCCCGAUGGCUAUGAGUACACCCACACGAGCACCCGGAUGUGGCGCAAGACCCGCAAGCCAAUCAGCAGUGCCUGCUACGGUACCGAUGCCAAUCGCAACUUUGACUUCCACUGGGGCGAGGUGGGUGCCUCGAGCUACUCCUGCUCCGACACCUUCAAGGGCGAGACGGCCUUCUCCGAGCCGGAGACCCAGCUGCUCCGCGAUCUCCUGCUCGAGCUGACUGGACGCGGCAAGUUCUACCUGACCCUGCACUCCUAUGGCAACUACCUUCUGUACCCGUGGGGCUGGACCUCGGCUCUCCCCACCAGCUGGCGCGACAACGAUGAGGUGGCCCAGGCUGGUGCGGCCGCCAUCACGAAGGCCACCGGUACCAAGUACACCGUGGGCAGUUCCACCAACGUUUUGUAUGCCGCCGCCGGCGGCAGCGAUGACUACGCCUUCGGAGUGGCCAACUUCCCGGUGUCCAUCACCAUGGAACUGCCGGCUGGCGGCACUGGAUUCAAUCCCACCACCAGCCAGAUCCUGUCCUUCGUCGACGAGACCUGGGUGGGCAUCAAGGCCAUGGCCCAGAAAGUCGCCGAGAAGUACUAGGCGAGUGCAAUAAACGAGCCAUUGAUAUUUUCUAA